GCGCCCGAGGCAAUAGCCGCCGCUCCUUUCACUUUCCGCUGCGAGUGAGCGAGAUGUCGGCGCGCUGUCGCUCCGCGGGGCUCCUCUUCUAUGGGGCGCUGCAACUGGUGGGGCUCCUGAAGGUGUCCUCACUACCGUACACCCCCCCGAAUCAGAACCAGUGCCACAAUCGAAGCACGGAGCGAUAUGAUGAAGCCACCCGUAAAUGUUGCAGCUUGUGCCCUCCAGGUUCCCGUGUGCUUGAAAAGUGUACUGAGAACGCUGACACGAAGUGCAGAGCGUGUGAUGAGGGGACGUUUACAGAUGUCUGGAGCGCAGCUGGACUCUGUUUCAGCUGUUCGCCAUCAUGCAAAACAGGAUUGGUUCAAACAAGGGAGUGCACUCGGAUGCAAGACAGAUCAUGCCAGUGUCCUCCUCAUCACUUCUGCCAGCUGCCCCAUUCAGGCACCUGCAUAUGGUGCAAGUUAUACCAGCAAUGCCAAAAAGGCUACGGAGUCGCAAAACAAGGCACAGAAAAGAAGGAUGUAGAAUGUGUGCCCUGCGGUCCAGGCACAUUUUCAGAUGUGGAGUCCUACAGCGCCUCCUGCAGGCCUCACAGGAUUUGUGAAUCUGAAAUCACUCCCGGAAACAGCACCCAUGAUGCAGUUUGCAGCGAUCUCGGUGCACCCGUGGGCACCGUGGCAACUCCUCUGCGCACCACAGUCACUGCAAAGAGUCGUUUGGUCACCAGGAGUCCGACAGCAAAGACGCAGGAGGUUCGGCAACAGCCUCCGGCAGACAUGUCUCAAAUUGCUGGUUUGGUGGCCGGAGUGGCGUGUGCCAUAUUUGCACUGAUCGGAGGGACUUGUGCCUGCUUUGUUCUGAGGAAAAAAGGCCACCUUUACGUACUGCCUUUUGCCAAGGAAAAACAGCCGUUUUCAUGUCCCGAAAAAGCACCCACCAACUGGCAUCAGGACACCAACGCUCUGCAGCAGGAGGAGCAGAAUCUCCUUCAGGUCUCCGCCUCAAGCAGCGGGUCUUUAGAUAGCCCACCGGCCUCUGAGAAAAGCAGCGGGGUCAGCAGCGAGGGCACUUUAAGCACCGACACAGAGAGGACUCAACAAAGAUCUUCUCCAUCAAAUACCUGUGUGCAUCACAGCGGCGCAAACUCAAAGCAAUCCGGCAGCGGAGGAACACAUGUCAAUGUCAGUUGCACUGUCAACAUCUGUAACGCUUCGGACCACAACUUGCCGUUCCAGUUGCUGAAUGCUUCGGGUGCCUCCAAUUCCAGAGACUGCGCUUUGGCAGAAGACCUUCCCCUGUCGAAGGAAGAAAGCCCCUUGAAAAAGGAGAGCGGGACGCAGAUUGCGGAAGAGGUGGAGGACAAUAUGGACGCGUUUGACCACAGCCUGGGGAAGGCACUUCCCCUGAGCAUACAAGACGUGGGCAUGAAGGCUGCAUGAGGGAGGCUUGUGGAGACUCGCCGAGUGUGGCACAGCAGUUUUUGUAUGUUACAAAUGGAUCACAAGCCCGUCACGGGUUCUAGAGAAUCUCAGGUGCUUAAUUAGUAAUAUACAAAAGGGGAAGAAAACGAACUUUGUGAGAAAUAUACGUACAGUAUUGGAA